AAAAAUAUUGAGUAGAUAUACUCCACUUCCCCCUUAUCCACAUCACUACCCUGAUCCCAAACCCCACAAUGCUCCUCCCCCUCCUCCUAACCACCAUGCUCCUUAACCCCUUCCGCCCAGCUGGGGGCACUCCCACCUUCCAAGAAGAAUACCGGAAUAGCAGCUACGUUCCAGAUGUGAUUGAAACCACACUAGGCCGCCAGAUUGUGGCGCCGGAUACUCCCUACGUGGCAGUAGCCGGCCGCAACCAGCUCUAUUUCCUCGACACCCGGCUCGACCCCGAGACGGCCGAACACAUCAAACAACAAAUUGAAAAGGCCAGCGUGUCGCAGCCUGAUGAGUAUAUCUCUAUUGAUGAGAUUGAGGCCACCGCAGAAGUGAAGAACAGGGCGACUGGCGAAACGACCUUCGUGUUUGAUCCCACCUACGCCCGGAUAUUGUUCGCUAGGGGCAUAAAUAGGCAUAAUCCGGACCUUAAGUUGCCGGAGUACGAGGAUCCUGGGGAUUGGUUGGUGACUUAUGAUUUGGAUGAUAUUAUGGCGAGGAGGGGAGCGGGUAAGGGGUGAUGGAUUGAUAUUGGUAUAGGUAUAGCUAAGGUCGGCUGUGAGGUUUGUUGGGAGACCAGUGGGAGAUGAGAAGAUGGAGACCAAUUGUUGUCGGCUCAUGGAUGGAUUAUUCCGGGUGGGGUGUAAGAAGACCUGGGGAUCGGGUGUCAUUUCCGAGUCAGAUUGCUGAUGUCCAGGCUGCAGGUGGAUAGCUCAGUCUUCAACUGAUGUUAUCAUGUUAUCGAUAGAUAUAGUCCUUGAAGUGACCUGUUUUAGGCAACUAAGUGGGGCUUUUCUUGGGUCUCUCUUUCCCUUCUAUCAAACUCAA